AUGUCUGUAGACCAGUGUAGUGUCAAAGUUAAAAGGCCCAAAGCUCCGACCCAGAGCUGCAGAGAAGGCCACCUGGCUCACUGCAACAGAGGAACCAGAGGUGGAACCAGAGGUGGAACCAGAGGUGGAACCAGAGGUGGAACCAGAGGUGGAACCAGAGGUGGAACCAGGGGUGGAACCAGGGGUGGAACCAGAGGUGGAACCAGGGGUGGAACCAGGGGUGGAACCAGAGGUGGAACCAGGGGUGGAACCAGGGGUGGAACCAGAGGUGGAACCAGGGGUGGAACCAGAGGUGGAACCAGGGGUGGAACCAGGGGUGGAACCAGGGGUGGAACCAGGGGUGGAACCAGGGGUGGAACCAGAGGUGGAACCAGGGGUGGAACCAGGGGUGGAACCAGGGGUGGAACCAGAGGUCGAACCAGGGGUGGAACCAGGGGUGGAACCAGGAGGAGGCUGAGGGAAACUAAAGGAGACUAA